GAUUUUUUGCGUGACAUUCUGCAUCUACUGCACUUCUUGCUCUUAAAAGCAGAGCAUUAUGGCAGCUCACAAACCCAGCAAUGACAAAGAUUACAAGGAGUUGAGUCAUGCUAGUAGACUUCAAAUGAGAUCUGUCCCUAUGUAUCCUUUAUCAAGCACAAGCGGGUUGAAGAAGAAGGAAAAGAGAAGGACUAAGUCGGCAGAUCAAUACAAGCAUGUUAAAUCUAGGCUGCCAAGCAAAGAAAACCUCGACCAUCAACCAGGAGGUGGAACAACUAGAAUAUGUCUACAAAAAAUACCUGACUAUAAAGCCUUUGUUAGCCCACGUAUUGACAGUCAUACCGCUGUACCAUAUUCCACUGACCCUCGUCCACAUACGGCAGAUGGUACAACCAGUAGACCUUCAGCCAGUAGACCAGGAUAUAGCUAUAAACCGAGAUCAAGGGACUUGAAAAUACCGCUAAAUGAUGUAAAAAGGUUUAAAGAUGUCAAAUCAAGGAUUGAUAGUCGUGAUCCAAAUCCUUCUGUAAGAGGCACUACACAUUCCAUAGAGGAUCUCGUGGAAACUGAAGGAUUUCUACUGAAUCCUCGUUUCAAUACUGUAGUCAAAUCACAUAGUUUUGGCACUGUUGAGGAACUUUUUCACUGCCUAAAUAAAGAACUAAAGACUUAAAUGAUGCAUAAUACUAUUGUCAUAAUUGUAAAUAAAAUAUAUUGUAGUUUUUU